AUGAAUGAAAUGAAAGAUGAACAUUUUAAGAGCAAUUCAAAAACAAAAUACCCUCAAUCAAUGACGAUGGAUAUCUCUAGAUCGUAUAUAAACAAACAAGACAGAAUAAAUGCUUUAAAUUUAUAUAUUCAGAAAUCUUCAUAUAAUCCUCAAUUUUUACAAGAAGAAGAAGAAGAGGAAGAUGAAAGCGAAAAUGAAACAAUUGGAGAUAUAAUACUUCGAAUAAUAUCGAUAAUUUUUCCAGAUUUAUCACCAGGAUUAUGGUUUUUUAUUCAUUUUAUUAUGAAUUUGAUUGUUCUAUGUGUAGGUUUAAGUUAUUUAUCAGAACCAAAUGUUCAUGAUCCUAUAACAGAGCCAAAAUAUGAUAGAAGUUUUAUAUUUGGUAGUAUAUACUGCAGUUUUUUAAUUCUAGGAGUAAAUAUUGUUUCCUUUGUUAUGUUAAUGAUCUUUCAUGCAAUAGUUCAAAAAGUUAUAUUAGAAAAAUUGUUACAGCCAAGUGCAUUAUGUGCCGCUUUCUAUAAUACAGUAGAUCCUGAAUUAGUUUAUUUAUUAUGGUCAUCUGUUCAAAUUAUCUAUUGGAGAAGUAAUCUAAUUUUAAAAAAUGGAGUAGAUAAAAGCAGCGACCAUUAUGUCUUAAGAAUAUUUGGAUAUAGAGAUAUAGAUAACCCCUUUAAAUUUUUAUAUAGUAUACAUUGGUUAAUUACUUUUCCUAUAUUAUUAUAUAUAGUUUUUGCAGCACGAUUACUUUUUUUAUCUAUUAUUUCUUUCAUUUUUGAGCUUGGCUUUUUAAUGAAUGCUCAUGAUUUAUUAGGAAGAUAUUUAAGAAAAUAUGGUACUUUACGUAAAUUUAAUAUUGAAUGGUUUAUGUUUGUAGCUGAUAAGCAGGAAAAUAUUAGAGCAUUAUUUGGUUAUGAAUUGUAUCAAGAUGAAAAAUUAAUUAGGCAAUUGGAGACAAACGACAUAAGUAAAAAAUUUGUACAAGAUAAAGCAGAAUUGUUAUUAUUUAAAAAUUUACCAAGAAAUUGCACCUGCUGUAAAAUACCUUUAAAAAGAAAUAAAAAAAAUACAAUGAAAUUAUUGCUACCACCAGUUUUUGAAGAAAAAAAUAUUAUAAAAUCUGAAAGUUCCUCUAUAAAAAAUUGGUUAGCUUGUCACUAUGUGGUUAAUACUCCUCCUCUUUUAUUUUUAUUAAAUAAUAGUAUCGCUUUAACAAAUAAAAACUCCAUUAAAAGUGGAAGUGAAAUUUUUUUUAGGCAAAUUAUAAUGUCUUUAAAAAUGUAUCAUCAAGAUAAAAAUGACACUUAUGUUUUUACAGGAACUCCUAUGAAUAAUAACUCAUCAGAUGACUUAUCACCAAAUAAUAACAAGUUAAAUUUUAAUUUAAAUAAAGCUUCUAAUAUUAUAACAGAGCAAGAAGGAUUUUUAUAUAAUGACGCAACAAAACAAACAAACACGGAAACAAAGAAAAUUAAUUUAGAAAAUAUUUUUCAUGAUAUUGAUCAAGAUGCAAAAAGUGAAGAGAAGCAUUCAGAAGAAAAUAAAGAAAAGUAUUUGAAUUCAAAAAAUAAAACAAAAAUGAAAAAUAAAGGAAGAAAGGUUGGGAAUAGUAACAAUAUUAGUUUACCAAAUAAAGGAAAAGAAAAAGUAAUAGAAAAAAACAUAAAUGAAAUAGAUAAUAAAGAAAAAAAAAAUAUUUUGUUAAAAAAAGAAGACAACAUUAAUAGUAAUGAUGAUAAUAAUAACGAUACAUUAAGAGGAAUGCAAAGAGAACAUAAGAAAAAUUUACCAAUAAAUUUAGAGAGUAAAAAUGAAAAAAAUAGUACUGUGAAUGAUCAAGAAGAAAGAACAGUAUCUAAGUUAAAUAAAUUUCGUAAAAUAAAAAUAAAAGAUGUAAAAAAUGCUAUAGAUAAUAAUAAAAAUGACGAAAACAUAAGAAACACCAAUACUAAUGCCAAUAAUUAUGAUUCUGGAUAUAAAAAUCCUCUUAAUAACAAAGAAACAGUACAAAAACAUAAUAAUACAAAGAAUAUAACAAAGGAAAAUAUUUAUGAAAAAACAUUGAUAGAAGAAAAAAAAGAAAACUUAAACGUUACUGAUAAAAUAGAAAAUACGACUUUAACUUACCAAGAUAAAAAAAAGUUUGUUGAAGAAAAAAAGACCAAUUCUAAUGAAAGAACAAAUAUGAAUCUUAGUGAUUCAAAAUUCAAUAUAUAUAUUACUCCAUCUUUGUCAGAAAUACCUAAUGGAAAUAAUGAACUAAAAAACAAUGUAAUGAAAGGUGAUAAUAAAAAUGAUGAUAAAAUAGAAACAAAUAUUAAAGAUGAUGUCAAAGUAAAUAAUCGGGAAAUAAGAAAUUCCUACAUUAAUUUAGAGAAUUAUGACAGUAUGACAAUAGAAAUAAAAGACUUUUCUAUUGAAGAUGUUUUAAAAAAAAAAUAUACAAAUGAUACUAUACAUCAAAAGGAAAUACGAGAAAAUGAAAAACAUGAUCCUUAUAUAAAUCCUAUAAAUAAAAAUGAUAAUUAUGAUAUUAUCGAAGAAAAUAAAAAAGAUAUAAUUAAAUUUACAAAAACAGAAAUAUUAGGAACUUCUUUAAGUGAAAAAGAGAUUCUAAAGAAAAGUAUUUUGAAUAAUACAGCUAACUUUUUAACUGGUACAAAUAAAGAAACAGAUACAAAAGAUAUGAAUGCUUCUUUUAUGUAUAGUGAUAAAAAAAAAAGAAAUACAAAUGAAAUAGGUAAAGUUAGCAAAAAAAUUAAAAAUAAAAUAUCUUCAAAUAAAAAUGCAUUCUUUUAUCAGUCUCAUUUAUUAAAUGAAGAAUUGAAUAUACUAGAAAGGAGUGAUGCUAUAAAUGUAAAAAAAGUUAAAGAAAAUAAAAGAAUGAAAGUGAGAAAUUGUUUUUGUAUAAAGAAAAAUAAAAAAGAAAAGCUCAGUAGAAUAAAAAAAGAUAUAUCAUUAGAGAUUGAUGACCCGUUUGUUAUGAAUUUAAGAAGUCCUAUGCAGUUGAAUAUAAAUGGUAAUGAGUUUAUAACCAAAGAAAUGAUUGAAGUGUUUUUAAAACCUGAAGAAGCUGAAGAAUUUAUGAAAGAAUUUGAUUUAUCUGGUCAUGGAAGAAUUGAUGUUAUUAUGUUUAGAAAUGCAAUAAAAAGAGCAAUAACAUGUAGAAAAAAAUUUAUAAAAAGUUUAAAAGGUCAAGAAAGUAUUCUAAAAUUAGUAAGAAGACUAAUGUCAAUAUUAAUGUCUUUUUUAGCUUCAGUUGUACUUUUAUUUAUUUUUGGUGUAUCUGCUGAUACUAUUAUUGUUACAGGUGCAGCAUUUAUAACAGCAGUAACAGUUAUAUUAAGUUAUAUGUAUACAAGUUUUAUAACUUCGGUUAUAUUUAUUGCUUUUUCGAACCCUUACAACAUAGGGGAUAGAAUAAGAUUGGAUGGAGGAGAAGCAAUGUACAUUAAAAAAAUCAAAACAUACACCACUGAAUUUGAAACAACAACUGGAAAAAUAGUUAUUUAUGAAAAUUCGAAAUUAAGUAAUGCGAAAAUUUAUAACGAGAGUCGUUCAAAAAAUGCUUAUAUAGAUAUUUCUUUUAAAGUAGACAUUAAUACACCAUUAGUAGCUCUUAAAGAAUUAAGAAAAAGUUUACAAUUUCUUGUUGAUAGUAGGCCUAGUGAUUUUUGCAAAACCAAAAAUUUAUACUUUGGCUAUUCUUUGCAACCAGGUCAUUUUUAUGAAAUAAGUUUUUGGAUUAAAUGUGUCGAAGGGUGGGGAAAUUGGAGAAAAGUUUUUGAAUUGAGAACAGAUAUUUAUGAUUUUAUAAUUUUGCAAUUAAGAUUAUUAAGUAUAUCUUAUCGUUUGCCAACACAAAAAAUUGGCUUUACUGCUCCUCUAAAUAUUGCAGAUAAUAGUAUUUUAAAAUUAAAUAGAAAUAAAGGUUCUGAAUAUCCUAACACACCGAAAGAAGCCCGUAAUCCUCUUUUUGUUCCUUCAGUUAAACAUAAAAGAGAAUUUGAUUCUAGUAAUUAUGAAUUCAAUAAUAAUAUGAACUUUCUGUAUGAUGAAAAUAGGCGUACUGAUAAUAAUUAUAAUAAUAAUAUAUACUUACCAAAUAUGUACAAUCAUAAACAUACAGAUAAUUAUCUUUAUUAUAAUACGUCUUUAUCUAUUUGUAACCCUAAUAAUAAUUGCAGUGACAUCUUUUUUAAGGAAAAAUCAAAAAACUUUUAUGGCAUUGAAAAAAAAGAUCAUUAUUUAUCAAGAAGAAAUAAUUAUAAUGAUGACAUGAACUCUUUUAAAGAAUAUAGAAACAUAAAAGAAAAAAUGAUGAAUAAUUUAGAAAUAGAUUCAAACAAAGAAAUUUUAAGUGGUGAUUUCAAGGAAUAUACUGAAUAUUGUAAGAAUAGAAAAAAUAUACUUUCGCAAGAAUUGAAUCAUCCUUCAGAUAAUAGUUGUAAGGGUACAAUAUUUAAAAGAAAUAUAAAAUAUGACAAUAUGGAUUAUAAGGAAGAUAAUUUUCACAAAAAUAGUAAUACCUAUUGUAAAAAUAACGAAAAUGUUUUAGAAAAUCAAAAUAACAACUAUUACAAUGACAUCCUUUCAGAAAAUAAUUGUUUUCCAUAUGACCAUCAUGAAAUUAAUCUAAGACAACAAAAAAAAAAAUGUGAUUACAAAAGCAUUAUAAAUACACCUUUUAAUAAUACAAAUUCUUAUUACAGUAAUUAUAUGUACAAGAGUCAUAACGAUAAUAAACAGAAUUUUUUUAAUUACUUAAGUAAAUAUGAUGAAAAAUAUCAAGAUUCAUUAAAAAUGAACUACAGUGAUAAGGAAUAUUUUUCAUAUGAAAGUUCCUCUGGUUAUGAUAGCUUUGAAUGUGUUAAACAUUUUUCUAAUCUUCAUAAUAGAAGUCGAGGGUCUUUAAAUAAACAAAAAAUAAAUAUAUUUACAUAUAAAAGUAAAAAAAAAAAUAAUUAA